GUUUAUUGCCCAAGCUGUUGAUGUUGGCGACAUCAGAGAUGCCAUUUAUUGAAUGUUUAUCACAUCCAGGCUCUGUACAAACACUUGACAUGCACUGUUUUCAUUUGCUUCCCUUUGCAAUCUCAGGGUGGGGGAGUACUCUUAUUUUUGUUUUAUAUAUAUGAACAUUAAGGCUUUGAGAAGUUGUCCAAGAUUACACAGCCAAUAAGUGGCAGAGGAAGGAUUCAAAUCCAGAUGAAUUUAAGUGACAGUACAGUACAGUAAAGCUUAUGGACUCUCUAGCAAGACUUCCUGGGUGCAAAGCCUAGCUCUGCCAUUUAUUAGCUAAAUAUCCUUCUGUAAGUUGCUAAAUGCGUGUCUCACUUUCUUCCUCUGCAAAAUGAGGGUAAAAAUAGCAAUCUACUCCAUGGGGAUGAUGUGAAGAUUGAAUGAAUUGGUGCAUGUGAAGCAGCCAGGACAGUGCUUGGCUAAGACCAAGUGCUACCCAGGUGUUUGCUCUUAUUACUGCUGUCUAUGCUCUUGGCCAUAAUGUUUUACUCUGAAAAGAUCCCCAUCAGACUUGUCACUUGCAGGAGUUGUAUUUAUCCUGCACUAAAGAUUGGAGAGGGAAAAAGGGGGCAGCUUCCUGAUCAACACGGGAAUCUUCUCUCUCAUGUGCCAUUGUAUUUAUGUGGAACCAUGCUAAAAAUUGUCAGAGAUGCACUCCAGUUGAAUUAGAAAAUCAAUCUCUUCUGAGUUUUCAAUUUCAGUAGUAACAAAAGAAAUUAAAAUUCAGAUAACUAAAUUAUUUUCCUGUAAUAACUUGGAUACUUGGUACCCAGUGAUGCUAAAAUUAAUAGACAUAUGCUCAUGUUUUGUGGUUAGCAGAAUGAAUUGGUACAGGAAUUUUGGAACAGAAAUGAUUAAGAGAGACAAAGGGAAGUGGUUAUAACUGAGAGAAACUACAACCUUUUACCCCUGAGAUAAAUUCUGUUACAAUUAUGUUUCUCUCUUGGCUUUAUAGGAAAUAUUGUACCUGCACUCUCAGCGUUCUUGGAAUCUAUGGAAAUACCACACAAUAUCACAGAAUUUUUCAUGCUAGGACUCUCACAGAACCCAGACAUACAGAGUCUCUUUGUAGUCUUUUUGAUCAUCUAUGUGGUCACAGUUUGUGGCAACAUGCUCAUUGUGGUCACCAUCACCUCCAGUCACACACUUGCUUCCCCCAUGUAUUUUUUUCUGGGCAACUUCUCCUUUAUUGACAUCUGUUAUUUUUCCUCUAUGACCCCCAAACUCAUUGCUGACUCCUUGUAUGAGGGGGGAGCCAUCUCUUAUGAAGGCUGCAUGGCUCAGCUCUUUGGAGCCCAUUUUUUGGGAGGUGUUGAGAUCAUUCUGCUCACAGUGAUGGCUUAUGACCGCUACAUGGCCAUCUGAAAGCCCCUGCACUACACUAUCAUCAUGAUGAGGCAUCUCUGUGCCCUGCUGGUGGGGGUGGCCUGGCUGGGGGGCUUCCUGCAUUCAUUGGUUCAGCUCCUCCCGGUCCGUCAAUUGCCCUUCUGUGGGCCCAACAUGAUCAACCACUUUGUCUGUGACUUGCACCCCUUGCUGGAACUCACCUGUACCAAUACAUAUGUCAUUGGUCUGCUGGUGGUCACCAACAGUGGUGUGAUCUGCCUGUUGAACUUCCUCAUGCUGGCUGCCUCCUACAUUGUCAUCCUGCACUCCUUGAGGUCCCACAGUGCAGAAGGGAGACGUAAAGCCCUCUCCACCUGUGGGGCCCACUUCACUGCCGUUGCCUUGUUCUUUGUGCCCUGUGUAUUUACUUACAUAUGUCCAACAUCUACUUUAUCUAUAGACAAAAACAUGGCAGUAUUUUAUGGUAUUUUGACACCUAUGUUGAAUCCACUCAUUUAUACCCUGAGAAACAAAGAGGUAAAAAAUGCCAUGAGAAAGCUUUUCACACAGUAAGAAAUUGCAGGUAGAUGAUAAGUGGUAAAGCAGGAAAAAAAAUGAGUUUAUUUCUGUAAGUGGAGCAAACCAAUGUUUGUUUUUCCUAUUAUUAUAUUUCAUCUUAUUUUACCUUAUCCGUUCCUUCAUCUUCAAAGACUUUUAUGGUUUACUUAGAAGUUUUACUUGAAUUGCAUAAUUUGAUUAUAAAAAAUAUAUGAAAUACAUAUGGCAUGUGAUUAUAUCCCUGUUUUAGAUAUGAGAAAAUUGUGUCUCCUGGUGUGGUUAAUUGGUUAAUCAAUGUUAUCUAACUUUGAAGUACCUAAACCAAAACUCAAAAUUCGUUAUUUUUGAUCCAUCAUCUAGACCUUUAAAUAGCAAUUCAUGUUGAUGUGAUUUGAGUCUGUGUGAUAAUUAAUUGAGUAGUAGAAAUAUUAGGCAAAAUGAAACUUAAGGCAAAUAACUUCAUGCUUAGCCAUAUAUAGCAGUCUCUGUGCAUCUAGGCCUGGCUUCUAUCCCUUCUCAUCACCCUUUAUGACUUCAGUGGUAUAGCUGCUACACUGUGGCAGAGAGGGUUCUGGAGACAGAUCAACCUGAGCUUCAGUCUUAUUUCCCAUGCUUACUCAUAGCAUGACCUUGAGUAAAUGACCAAAACUCUAUAAGCCCCUGCUGCCUUUCUUUAAAAUAAAGACAAAGACAAGCAUAAAAGGUGUCUACAGUGUUAUUGUGAGAAUUAAAUUAGAUAAUCUACGUAAAGAUCUUAACCCAGCGUGUUGCACAUAUACACCCAAUAUGUUUUACUUGAAAUUAUUAUAUACAUACCUCAAGUCUUUCCUAACCCUCCACACAGAGGCUGUUUUCUUUUGCUUUUCUCUCUCUCCUAAGUUUGAAAUAUAGCUUAGAGUAGAAAGGUUUAUUUUUUUAGCCAAUUAUACAAAAUGAUAUUUCCUUGUAUUUUUCCUAACUCUGUUUCAAAUUCCAAGGGAUGCUAGUGUUCUGGAAUCUGAAACAUACUUCCAUGUUCAUUCCAUUUGUUUCCUGGUUUUACAAUUCUGACCAUAUCCCUUCCAAGGCUUCACCCUUUAAGAGUAUAGGCUCCCAUGAUAUAUAAUAAACUUAUCCUUUGUUUGACAAAUAAUCUGUAAUUCACCAUGUUGCAGCAUAUCUAAUUUUUACACUAAGAAAAAGCCUAUUGGAAAUUAAUAUGAAAAGCAAUUUAUUGAAUAUAUGUAUUCAAAAAUUAGUCUCCAAGAACUAAUAAAUUCAGAAGAUCAAGAAAUCAUUUUACUUCCAAACGUCUAUGUCUAUCAAAAAUAACAACUACAGAGUUCUUAGGCAAAAUAAAUUUUUUAAAUUUUCAUAAUGGUUUACAUCAAUGUGAGAUUUCAGUUGUACA